AAAGCCACUUUAAUCACAUGAAUUUCAUCUCUGUCUUUCUUUCGUCUCAUGUCUAGGAAUUUUAUCCUUGGGUCCAGAACCUUUCACCAGCAGGUGCCACAGCCUCCAGUAGUGUCUGUAGCUGAAACCCUCAUGCCACAACAAGGACCUGCUCAUCAUGUCAAAUGACAAUUUAUGGUAUGAAGGGAUCCCUUUCCCACGGGUCUCCUAUAGUCCUGAAAUCCUUAGAAAAGCACGAGAAGAGUUUGUCAUGAAGGAUGAAGAUGUAGUAACAAUGACUGUCCCCAAAUCAGGAACACACUGGUUGAUGGAGAUUCUCUACCUAAUUCACUCCAAGGGGGAUCCCAAGUGGGUUCAGUCUGUGCCAAUCUGGGAAUGCUCACCCUGGAUAGAGACUGACCCUGGGUUUGCAUUAGCAAAUGAGAAGGAGGGCCCACGCUUGCUCACCUCCCACCUCCCCAUCCAUCUCUUCCCCAAGUCUUUCUUCAGUUCCAAGGCCAAGGUGAUUUAUGUCAUCAGAAAUCCCAAAGAUGUUAUUGUAUCUGGUUAUUUCUACUGGAGUUCAGUGAAUUUCGCUAAGAAACCCAAGUCAGUGAAACAAUUUCUUGAAUGUUUCCUGGAAGGAAAUGUGCCAUAUGGGUCAUGGUUUGACCAUGUUCGUGGCUGGGUAUCCAUGAGAGAGAGGGAGAACUUCCUGAUGCUGAGUUAUGAAGAGCUGAAAUGGGACACAGAGAGAAGUGUGGAGAAGAUCUGUCAGUUCCUGGGUAAGAAGGUAGAGCCAGAAGAACUCAGCCUAAUUCUUAAGAAUAGCUCCUUCCAGGCGAUGAGAGAAAACAAGAUGUCUAAUUUCUCAGUGGUGGAUGAUGCUUAUUUAGUUCACAAAAACCCACUUCUGAGAAAAGGUAAGAGAAAAUGCUCUG